UGAGAGGCGCUGCUAUGGGCUCCGUGCUGAGCAGCGAUAGCGGCAAAUCCUCGCCCGCCUCGGCUACCCCGCGGGCCCUGGAGCGCAGAGGGGAUCCCGCGCUGCCCGUCACUUCCUUCGACUGCUCCGUGUGCCUCGAGGUGUUGCACCAGCCUGUGCGGACCCGCUGCGGCCACGUAUUCUGCCGUUCCUGUAUUGCUACCAGUCUAAAGAACAAUAAGUGGACCUGUCCUUACUGCCGGGCAUAUCUUCCUUCAGAAGGAGUUCCAGCAACGGAUGUAGCCAAAAGAAUGAAAUCGGAGUACCAGAAUUGCACCGAGUGUGACACCCUGGUUUGCCUCAGCGAAAUGCGGGCACACAUAAGAACUUGUCAGAAGUACAUAGAUAAAUAUGGACCACUACAAGAACUGGGGGAAACAGCAACAAGGUGUGUAUGUCCAUUUUGUCAGAAGGAAUUGAAUGAAGACAGCUUAUUGGAUCAUUGUAUUACUCAUCACAGAUCAGAAAGGAGACCUGUGUUCUGCCCACUUUGCCAUUUAAUACCUAAUGAGAAUCCAAACAGCUUUAAUGGCAGUUUAAUAAGACAUUUGCAAGCCAAUCACACUCUGCUCUAUGAGGAUUUCUUAGAUUUUAAUAUAAUUGAGGAAGCUCUUAUCCGAAGGGUAUUAGACCGGUCACUUCUGGAAUAUGUGAAUCACUCGAACACCACAUAAUGUUAUUAAAAGGAAAAGGAAGGAGACCAUACAAUUGCACCAUUUGUUAAGAUGCUGCUUGAACAGGUGGAGGGAAAUUGUCAAUGUUUGAUGGGCAAAAAAUAUACAACACGGUUAUAGGUUUGUCCAUGUUUGUUGUUAUAUUGUAUUUUAAAACUGCUUUCAUUUUGGUUUAAAUCUAUUAUACAUUCCUGAAUUUCUUAGAUGUUCAACAACAAAAAAUUGUCUCCAUUAGCCAUUAAUAAGGAAGAGAACAUAAGCUUGGGAUUUGUGGGUAAAGGAUCUUUACUUGCAAAUUGGUUGACACUUGUAAUGCUACAUAUUAAUAAACACCAUCAUGGUAGGGCAAGAUAACUAAUCCUUGUUCUAUGAGAAAAGAUGGAAAGUGGAACAAAUUGUGGACAUCCAAGGAAAUAUGAAAUCCGUUUCAAUGCUCAUGUUCUAACUACUAAUAGAAUAACAUGAAUAACCUUGUAUGGUAGAAAAGGGAAAUUUUGGAAGUCAAGUCCAUUUAACUAAACUGUAUAACAUAAUGUAACAAAAUUAAUUUUAUUUUAGGAAUGUAUGCUUAAUUCUUUUAUGUUUUAUAACUGCACACAUAAGAACUUCAUGUUACAUU